GUCUCAGCGUGAGUCAUCAAUUCUUCCAGAAUCUUCAAUCGCGUCUUGUCCUGUGGCCUGUGUAGGUCUAUAAAUAUUUGUCGCUGCCUGUCGCAUCCAAUCCAAUUAUUUUGUGAUUCGUUGAAGUGUUUUUUAUACAAAAACAUGACAACAGCAGCAAGACUGACCUUCGGAUCUGCCCGAGGAGGACAAAGACGAGGCGAGAAAGAUCUAAGCGCGAUAACAAAGCAAUACAGUAGUAGAGAUUUGCCAUCGCACACGAAACUUAAGUACAGAUUCCUGGCCCCUACAAAAUUUUUCCCAUUGUCGCUAUAUACUACAGUAGGUCUUCCUCGACGUGCAAUGAAUCUUCUGAAGGCCUCCAGAAAUUCCUCUUUGGGCCACUCUUUGGGAGGUAGUUUCAACCACUCCGGUCCCUCCCACCAUUUCAGUUCAAGGAAUUUCUUAGCAUCACAACCUCAUGAGGCCUUUAUGAAAGAUCGCAUCAUCCUAGCUCCAAUGGAGACUGCUAGUAAUUCAAGGCGAGGUAUGGUCUUCUUCUCUUUGGGUGCUCUAGAUUUAGCUUCUACGAGAUGUAUCUCGACUCCUGUGCUUGAUUCAACUCACAAGGAUAAAGGAUCAAGCUGUCGUGCCAUUGAACCAUCCAGGGAAUUAACUGCAUCCAGUGCAAAAAAACGAAAGUUAGAUCAAGUUCCUUUCGCCAGCUUAGAUGCACUUGAUGAUGAAGAAUCAGAUUCUGAAGAUGAUACUGCUGCGCUUUUAGCUGAACUUCAGAGGAUCAAAAAAGCACGAGUAGCAGAACAAGCUAAGAAAGAAAUGGAGAAAGGCCGUAUGGAAAAUAUCCUUUCAAGAAAAUGGGACGAUGUCGUCUUUAAAAAUUGUGCACGUUCCGAACCGAAGAAGAAACAUGAUGUUUUUAUUAACGAUUCUGUACUAAGCGAAUUCCAUUGUAAAUUUAUGACGAAAUAUGUUAAGUAAUUUAUUAAUUAUAAGCAUCAACAUAUAAAAUAAUUUUAGGCAUUGUAAAUAAUUUUUUUAUUGAAUA